AUUUUCCCAAAGCAUUCUGGGAAAGAGAAGGCUGCAGUAGACCAUUUUAGGUGUUUGACCGAAGGAGGACGUGCGUUUUCAAGUUUUCCACGCAGAAACGUUUACUUUGUCGAUUUCAAGCUUGGGUUCAAAUUAACCUUGAGAUUACGCUUGUGCUGGCCUCUCAUUAGGCAACGCAGAGAUGGGUGCAGAUAAACGGGUUAGCCGCACGGAGCGUAGCGGCAGGUACGGUUCAGAGCAGUCCCGCGACGACGACAGGCGAGACCGGCGAGAUCGUGAUGAUCGUGGAUACGACUCUCACCGCUGGAGCGAUGAUCGGCGUAGUGACCGCUACGAUGGAGACAGAGGGGAUCGUAGUGAUCGCUACUGGAGCCGAGACAGUCCUGAGCGAGGCAGGAAGCGGCGUAGCAGUGACUGUUCUGAUGACGGUCACCACUCGGAUGGUGAUUACUCUGAGCAUGACUACAGGGGAGAUCCAGCUGAUGAAAAGGAGAGCAAGACAAUCAUGCUCCGUGGUCUGCCUGUCAACAUCACAGAGACAGAUAUUCGAGCAGCCAUAGACCAGCUGGAGGGGCCGCAGCCAAUGGAUGUGCGGUUGAUGAAAAAGAGAACAGGUAUAAGCCGAGGUUUCGCCUUCGUGGAGUUUUAUCACUUGCAAGAUGCUACCCGAUGGAUGGAGACCAAUCAGAAGCUGCUGACCAUACAGGGCAAGACUGUUGCCAUGCACUACAGUAACACACGGCACAAGUUUGAAGACUGGCUUUGCAACUCAUGCGGCUUGUACAAUUUCCGGAGGAGGCUCAAGUGUUUCAGAUGUGGUGCUGCUAAAUCGGACUCAGAAAGCAGCGUAACUGCUGGAACCACAGAAACCCAACCCAGCGGUGAUUACUAUGGAGACACAAUCAUCCUGAGGAACAUUGCUCCACUCUCUACUGUUGAGGGCAUUAUGACAGCCCUGGCACCAUAUGCUAAUCUGUCACCCAGCAACAUCCGCCUUAUCAAAGACAAGCAGACUGGACAGAAUAGAGGCUUUGCCUUUGUUCAGCUGUCCUCUCCUCUGGAGGCGUCACAGCUCCUCACCAUCCUGCAGGGCCUGCAGCCUCCACUCAAACUGGAUGGGAAGACCAUCGGUGUCGACUAUGCCAAGAGUGCUCGGAAGGACUUGCUGUUGCCAGAUGGGAACCGCAUCAGUGCUUUCUCUGUAGCCAGCACAGCUAUCGCUGCUGCCCAGUGGUCCUCAAGCCAGCCACAGCAAAGUGUGGAACCAGCAUCAGAGUACAGCUACCUGCAGGAAGGCUAUGUGCCCUAUUCACAGGAAUAUCAGGCCCAAUAUCAACAACAAGCAGGAGCUACAGACCCUUCUCAGGCUAAUGGCAUACUUGGAGCGGCUCCUGGAAUGAAAGUACUCCCUACAGCUGGCGCAGUGGUCAUCUCACAGAGUGCUCAGGUUUAUCAACCCCAUAUCAUCAGCCAGCCAGCCACACAGACUUUGCAGACAAUGCAGACUGCAACCAUCACAGCAGCUGCCACCAUCUCAGCCCCAGCAAGCUCUACAGUAGCCAUAUCUGCCACAACUACAGCAAAUCCUGCCGCUAUUUCUACAGCUCCCAGUUCAGAUGCUAAAACUUCUGCACCUGAUACCUCCACCUACCAGUUCGAUGAGUCAUCUGGCUAUUACUAUGACCCUCAAACAGGUCUCUAUUAUGACCCCAACACACAUUACUACUAUAAUUCAUACACGCAGCAGUACCUAUACUGGGACAGCGAGAAGCAGGCAUAUGUGCCUGCAACUGAUUACAGCAGUGCUUCUAGCUCCUCCACCACAGCUAAAGACAGCAAGGAGAAGAAGGAGAAGCCCAAAAGCAAGACUGCUCAACAGAUUGCAAAGGAUAUGGAGCGUUGGGCUAAGAGUCUGAACAAACAGAAAGAGAACUUCAAGAGCAGCUUCCAGCCCAUCAGCCAGGAAGAGAGGAAAGAGGCAGCAGCAGCAGAUGCUGGCUUCACACUGUUUGAGAAAAAGCAGGCUGGUGGUUUGGAGAGGCUUGUAUCGGAGGCAGCGAAGACUUCAGAAGAGGAAUGUUCAUCCUCAAAGAUGGGACUUGUGGCAGCAUAUAGUGGAGACAGUGAGCCUGAGGAGACUCCAGAAGGUGAGGAAAAGGAGGACAAACUGACAGACUGGAAGAAAAUGGCCUGCCUGCUGUGCAGGAGACAGUUCCCCAGUAAGGAAGCCCUAAUCCGCCAUCAACAGCUCUCAGACCUGCACAAGCAAAACCUGGAGGUUCAUAGAAGAUCCAAGUUGAGUGAAGCAGAGCUGGAGGAGUUGGAGAGGAAAGAGACUGAGAUGAAGUACAGAGACAGGGCAGCUGAGAGGAGAGAGAAGUAUGGCAUUCCUGAGCCUCCAGCACCAAAGAAGUGGAAGUUCACACAGCCUGCACCAGUAGUGAAUUACGAGCAGCCCACGAAGGACGGACUGAACAGUGACAACAUUGGCAAUAAGAUGUUGCAGGCUAUGGGCUGGAAGGAGGGAAAAGGCCUUGGCAGAAAUCAGCAAGGCAUCACAGCACCUAUUGAGGCCCAGAUGAGAACGAAGGGAGCAGGGUUAGGUACCAAAGGCAGUAAUUACACCCUCUCAGCAUCAGAUACCUACAAGGAUGCCGUGAGGAAAGCCAUGUUUGCACGCUUCACUGAAAUUGAAUAAGCUGUCAUAUUGUCAUAUCCUUGCUUUAAUUUCAUUGCAUUGUCUGCAUUGCUAUGGAAUGGACUCUGAUGGGGUUGGGGGGCUAUAUAUGUGUAUAUAUGUGUAUAGUGUCUUUUGAGAAAUGUGAAAUUUUUUUUUUCCCCCUCGUUUUGUUCAUUGGAGAGGGGCAUUGUCCUCAACUAAACUGAAAACUGUAAAGUUUGUACACUAUGUUCUUGGAUUUGUACAUAUGAGAAUAAAAUAUGUUGAAUUAUGUUAA